AUGUCAAUAGUGAAGAGCACUCAGAAUGUUGAUGCUAAUAGCAUUAUUGAAUUCUAUAAGUCGGAGAUUGAGUCAGAAAAUAGUAUCUACUGUUUGGAAGCGAUUAGACGCUAUGGAGUUGUGAGUCAAGUAAUUGGAAGCGAAAAAAGUCGUAAACAUUUAGUUCCAAUAAUACUAAAGCUCGUAGAAACUGCCUCUGACGAAGUAUGUCAUGCAAUUGCUGAAGAACUUAUCAAAAUAGUUGAGAAUAUUGGUGAUGACAAACAUUGGCAUUUACUUCAACCCUUGUGCGACAAAUUACUUUUCCAUGAUGAGACAAGUAUAAGAUCAGAAGCUAUAAGAACAUUUGAGUAUAUAUUUAGUAAGGUGGAUGAAAAGCAAAAAAUCAAGAACUUCGUUCAAGGUACAUUACUCCCAAUAGUAAAAAUGCGUAUAGUUAUUGAUAAUGAUUGUUACUCAGUAGAUGAUUCAUCUUUAAGUACAAAGCUAUCCCUUUGCUACAUGUUACCGUCUCUUAUUUUACCUUAUUGUGAAAAUGAUGAAAAGAGUCGUAUUUUAAUAAUGUAUUUAUCAUUAUGUGAAGAUGAGGUUCCCUCCCUACGUAUUGGAGCAUCUCAAAAUUUAGUUUUGCUGCUAAGACACCUAUUCCCAGUAAAAUAUGGUCUUUCAGCAGCUGAAUAUGAUAGUGAAAAGUUACAUAAUCAAGAUAUAAUAACUGAAAAACUUUUAAACCUCAUUGUAAGUCUAUAUAGAGAUGAAACAUCAAGUGAUAUGCUACGUUCUACUUCAAUUGGGAUUGCAGUUCAACUUUUUAUCAAUCCUGUAUAUUUCAAUGAAUAUAUUAGCAAUGCAGACAGGCAAAAUUUGCUAUAUUUAAUAGGUAAUGCAUUGGAAGAUCGUUGCUGUUACAACUUAAGACAAACAGUCACUAAUGCAAUGAAUCAUAUUUGCUUAGCCUUGAAAGGUUACUAUGAUACCAUACCAACAGUUAGCAAUAGAGAGUUUGCAGGAUAUAAAAACACUGAAUCAAAUAAUAUUUUGGAUAAUAUUAUUGGCAUUCCACAUAAUAUUGAUAUUAUACAAUCUGCAUCGUAUAUUUUAAUGAAUGAUUCCGAUAUUGAAAUACGUAGAAGCAUUCUAGACUCUAUUGAACAACUGCUAUAUAUGAGGAUUGAUAUGAAUAGCAGAGCAACUGAAGCAUUAGACAAUACUAUCAACUCUAUAAUAAAACAUUUUAAAAUGGCACUACCUCUUCCUUUAUACAAUGACCCCAAUGUAUCCAUCCGUUGUGCUAUUUGCAGGAUUACAGUAGCUGCUAUCAAAUAUCUAGAGCUGUAUUAUUAUAAAGAUAUACCAAAAGAUGAAUUUGAAAGAGAAAAACUCAACUUAACUAAGAAUUAUAUUCAUUUGCUUAAAGAUUCAAAUAAUGAAGUAAUUAUAACUGCUGUUGAAAGACUACAAGCUAUUAUUGUAUUUAUUAGCAAGGAUGUUAUUGUAAAAGAUAUACUACCACAAAUUAAAUUGAUCUUUUUCAAUUCAAAUAUAAAUACAUCGGUAGUUCCUGAUAAGGGGAACAUUGAAGAGACUGUCACACUUUUACCAUGGAGGGUGAAAAGAGCUAUAAUUAAACAACUUCCAUUUUGGUUCAGAAGUCUAAAAACUAGAAUUACUCCUUUUUUUGAUGCAAUGAUUAUUUGUGGUAUUCUUGAUCCGACUCACACUUUGAAUGUUUGUGCGAUGCAAGCAUUUACCCUUAUUAUUGAUGCAUUAACUGACUUCUCAGAUGCUGUUAGUUGGAUAGAAACAUUUAUAUUGCAAUGUGUAAUAUAUCCAUAUCUGAGAAGAGCAAGAAAUUCCAUUCAAAUAAAUUAUGAUAUAUUUAGUGGAAGUUUAGAAUUUGAUAACUAUAAGAACCCUAGACAAUCAAAGGACUCAUGUGAGAGAUGUGAAUCUUUUGAAUAUGAAUUCUCACAAAAUAACUACUUGCAUCGUAUCCUCAUUUUACAACUUAUAUAUUUAGUAUAUCGUGGUUUAAUUUUCAAGAUGGUUAAGCAAUACAAAUUAAAUGAGAUAUAUCUUAGUGAAGUGAAAGAAGAGCUGAAAUUUAGUAUGGAGUUAUGUGAGAAAUUCAAUAAUGAGCAUAUAUAUGAACGUAUAUCAAAUGAAUUUGUCCCAAUAAUAUUGCAGGGUCUUGAGGAUCAAAUUAUCAAUGUACAAAUUACAUCUGCUAAAGUGACUGCUCAAAUUUUAGAUCUGUUCUCUAUAGAUCAAUAUAAAACACAAUCCUUUGGUCUUGAAACUUGCAAACCCUCUUCAAUAUCCUCAAAUGAUGAGACAUUACGACAACAUCUUUAUAAUCAACAUGAGUUUGACACAAUAUGGCACUUAAGAGCAAUACAGAUGCCAAAUAACUCAUUACCUAAUCCAGAUAAGGUCCCAAACUACAUUAAUUCUAUAUUUACUCCUAUAUUCCGGAAAUGUUCUCAACUUGCAGAUUCAUGUGAUUCACUUGAGUAUGACCUUUAUUAUUCACUAUAUAUCAUUAGAUCUUAUUAUAUAUCGUUAAGUAGCUCUACUCUGCAUUAG